CCCAACAAGAUGUGCUUAAACACCAUUCACCGACAACAAUUGAAAGGCCUAUAAAUAUUAAAUUAUAUACAUAAAGCUUGCACAUACAUCAAAUAUUACUACACACACACACACACACAUUUGUGAGUAUUCGGUAUUAUGCAUUAAAGAAAACUCAGUCCAGCUCCAUACAGCUACGGCUACACUAACCGACCCGGACUACAAACUACACUUAUUGCUGGAACGAUUUGAACCACGUACAUUGAAUAUCACAAGAUAGUAUGUGAAAUAAAUUAGGGCGGUUCCAAGAAAAUGAAAACAAAAAGAGAAAAGGAUGAGUACAUCGGUUAGUCCCAGUAUUAGGUGCAGCCUAAAUGACUGCAGCAGCCAGGCGACGUAGAGUUAUCCGGACUCUCUGCUGCUGACGGCGGUCUGUCUCCGCUGCUCCUCUCUGGUCCCAGCAGCCACAAUAAAACAACGACAGGCCGCAAAUGCAGCCGGGGAUCUCGCGUGACAUUCCGAGGGCAGCGGGGUGUACCAACCCACCCGGUCUGCGGGAGGAGACCCCGGGAGAAGAAGCGCAGGACCAUGAGGGGAGCACCGGGAAGAUGAAGAGGAGUGCAGCGGGAGAAGACGCCGCGGAGGAGGAGAAGACGCAGCGGAAUGGAGAAGCAGAGAAGCAGGUUCAAACUGUGCAGGAAGAAGAAGCCGGCAAAUACGAGGAGGAACUAGACCCAAGAAUUCAGGAGGAACUGGAGCACCUUAACCAGGCCAGCGACGAGAUCAACAAGCUGGAGCUGCAGCUGGAUGAUGCCAGGUCCAGCUACAGAAGAAUUCUCACAGAAUCUGCAAGGAAGCUCAAUUCUCAGGGCUCCCAGCUUGGUUCCUGCAUUGAUAAAGCAAGGCCUUACUACGAGGCUCGCAGACUUGCCAAAGAGGCCCAACAGGAGACCCAAAAGGCAGCACUGAGGUACGAGAGGGCUGUGUCUAUGCACACUGCUGCCAGAGAGAUGGUGUAUGUGGCAGAGCAGGGCCUCUUGGCUGACAGGAACACCAUGGACCCAACCUGGCAGGAGAUGCUUAACCACGCCACUGCCAAGGUGAAUGAGGCAGAAGAGGAGCGCCUUCGCAGUGAGCGGGAGCAUCAGCGAGUUACUCAGCUCUGUCAGGAUGCAGAGGCUCGAGUCCAGACCCUCCAGAAAGCCCUGAAGAAGGUCAUCCUCAAGUCCAAACCUUACUUUGAACUCAAGGCUCAAUUUAAUCAUAUUUUGGAGGAACAUAAGGCUAAGGUAGUACAGCUGGAGGAGCAGGUGGCAAAGGUUAAAACACGUUACUCUGUGGCUCUGCGAAACUUGGAGCAGAUAAGCGAGCAGAUCCAUGCACAGAGGGGACAAAACAGGGCCAGCAUGGGGCGUCCUGCAAUCUGCGGGGGACGGAGUUCCCCUGUAGGUGCGGAGGCUGAGGUCAGAGCCGCCACCGGGAUUCAAGUCAGUAGCUACGUGGGAGUCAGUGGAAUACAAAGCGACUGGGCCGGCGGAGAGAAAACCAGGCUGUGGGUGGAGAGGCACAGAGAGAGCGGCUGGGGUCAGAGGGAGAGGUUGGAGGCGGAGCAAGCCAGCUCAGACAGUUUGUCAGUCAUCAGCCUACAGACCAUCGCCUCCGACCUGGAAAAGUGUGAUUCGGUGGAGCACUUGGGUGACCUGAGUGAUGCUGGGAGUGUCCUGGGUGAAGAGUGGGACCGCGACAGGAAGCCUCAUAAGAGGCCAGUCAGCAGGGAAGUCACGUGCGAUAGGCCCCAGCAGGAGAUGACCCCCCAAGAGAAGGGAGAGGUUAGUAAAGAGAAGCAAGAGAGUUUUGUUAAGCAGCACCACAGAAGUGUUAGUCUGUGAUCAUCAGCAGAAGAGAGGUUAAUUGUGAGUGUAUGAUGAAGGAUCACAGAAGAACUUGAGAGAGUGCAGGGAGAAAGUGCCCUGACUGAAGGUGGUAGACAAGUUGGCAGGACUGUGAAUUGCAGAGGCUGACAGUGAUUGACACUCUGCAGCACUGACACUGCAGUCAGGACUAGCAGGGAGGGUUGGCAGGUGUGUCAGCUGCACACUAACAAAUCUUUACAUGACAGCAAUAAACACAUAGAGCAGCAGAGAAAGUCAAAACAACAAUAACAGUGUACAAUAGGCACUUUAACACAAACAGAAGAUACACAUACUUGUGUUUAAUUCAUCUACUGAUUUUGUCAAACCCUGUGCUGUGAUGGAAUCUGCUUGUUUUUGUUUCAGGGAUAGAUAAACAGGCUUGCUGUUAAAGGGACAAGUACAGUUUGGCCAUCAGUUGUAAUAACACUGAAUUAACUGAAGCAAGUGUUGUAACCUGAUCUGGGGACUUGGGGAAUUAAAAUUCAACAUGGCGUGAAACAUGAGUUGGAUUGUUGAACAGUUUAUCCACAUGACCUGAAGUACCGUGUCUGGCAAACUGUAAGUGACUCAAGUGCCACUAUUAAUUCCUGUACACAAAACUACAGUGCUUCAAGGUGUCACCUGGAUCAAGUUGAGCAAACAGGUUGCUCUGUGAACUGUGAUGGAUGUCUACAAAGAACGUUUUUGAUUUGCAGAACAGAGAAGAUCUUUACAAACGAAGAUUUACAAAGCAAAAAUGUCAGCCUCAUACUGAUGAAUUCUACAAAUGGAAUUAAAUGUUUGAAAGGCCUGAUCUUGUAUGACUGUUUAAAUAUAUUUACUUAAAAUCA